AUGUGGAAAACGAUAUUGAUUCUUUUGAUCAUUUUGCCCGCUGUAUUCUCAUUGGGAAAACCAUUCUGGAGCACAACACAAGCUCCACAUCCGCGAAGAUACCACAUCGAAAAUCAGCCACAAAUCGCAGAUGAGCCGUUCCGUUUCAAUACCAUCGUCAACGAAAAUUAUCGCAAGAUCAAUGAGCAAUUUAAAAGCAAAAUUAUUGUGAAUUAA